AUGAAGUCCGCUAUCGUUUUCGCCUCCGCCCUGGCCUCCGCCGGCAGCGCUCUCGCCGCUCCCACCGAGACCUGGUACAGCCUCGCGGCGUCGGCCCCCAACACGAAGAUCGACGGCGUUGUCAUCGGCGCCUCUGCCGAGUCCUUCUACAUCAGCAAGCCGUCGACCUCGUCCUGCGGCGACGUGAACCCUUACAUCACCGUCAACUCGGCCGGCAACAUGCUGUUCUACAACGACGGCACCAGCAACCAGCAGCAGGGCUACGUCAGCACCCUCGAGGACGGCACCAAGGGCCUCCUCCGCUUCAACAAGGGCAACAGCGCCGGCGACACGCACCUCUCCAUUGCCGGCUCCGAGCAGGACCAGCUGAAGGUCAUGUACGAUGGCGACGCCAACUGGCUCGCCUGCCCGGACAACGGCGCCGCCUUCUACAUCUACUCGGCCAAGGUCCAGCCCAACCCCCCGAACAAGGCCAACUGCAUCCCCUUCGAGAUCAAGGCUACCCAGGCCUCCAAGAACCCUGAGAAGGUCUGCACCUACCAGUAA